AUGGCGAUCGAGACGGAGCCCGCCGCGCCGCCCGGCCUCCUGGGCCCCCCGGUAGUGCGCGGCGCGCGCCCGCCCGCCGACCCCGCGUCGCACCCCUUCCUCGACCUCCUCGACGCGGCCAUCAAGGCGGCGCUGACGCUGACACCAUGGCGGGCACGGGCGCUGACGCCGUGGCGGGCGCUCACGGAGAACUACUCGCUUGCGUACGCCAACUCGGGCAACCCCUGCCUCGACUUCUUCUUCCAGGUGGUGCCCGACACGCCAGCCGAGCGCGUGCGCGGCCUGCUCGCCGCCGCCUGGGCCCACGACGCGCUCACGGCGCUCAAGCUCGCCUGCAACCUCCGCGGCGUCCGCGGCACCGGCAAGUCGGACAAGGAGGGCUUCUACGCGGCCGCACUCUGGAUGCACGAGCACAACCCCCGGACGCUCGCCUGCAACAUCGCCGCGCUCGCCGAGUUUGGCUACCUCAAGGACUUCCCCGAGCUGCUCUUCCGCCUCAUCCACGGCCCCGACGUGCGCAAGGUUGCCAAGGCGGCCGCCGAGGCCGAGAAAGCGCGGAAGAAGGAGAAGGCGCUCGGCCACAGGCGGGCGGCCCUCCGCACCAGGUUGGCCAGCCGGCGGAGAAGGAGAAGGCUGCCGCCGUUGCCACCCAAGCCCACCUUCGGCGAUUUCCUCGCGGCUGCGCUCUGGAAAUCCAUGCAGAGCAAGGCCCUAGUGGUUGAGGCCGUCCCUGUCUCCGUCGCGGUCCCGGAGGCACAGAAGCCGGAGGUGAUGGAGGUGGAUCAGAAGAAGACCUCCCCACGUAAGCCGGAGAUGUCCAAGAAGGUCCGGAAGGUUGCCAAGCUCGCCGUGCAGUCGCUGAAGACGUACUACGGCGACCGGGCAUACCGUUUCCUGUUCGACGCCGUCGCAGACUUCUUCGCCGCGCUCCUCACCUCGGACCUCGAACAGCUUUCCCACGACGGGAAGACGAUGAAGAUCGGGCUCGCCGCCAAGUGGUGUCCCACGCCGGGCUCGUCGUUCGACCGCACCACGCUGCUCUGCGAGGCCAUCGCUCGUCGCCUCUUCCCGCGCGACUCUGACCCCGAGUACGCCCAACUCUCGGACGAGCACUACACGUACUGCGCCCUCCACCGCCUCCGCCGUCAGGUGCUCGUGCCGCUGCGCAAGGUCCUGAAGCUUCCGGAGGUGUACAUGAGCGCGCAGCGGUGGUCCGAGCUCCCCUACACUCGAGUGGCCUCGGUGGCCAUGAGGCGCUACAAGUUCCUGUUCAAGAAGCACGACGAGGUGCGCUUCGGCAGGUACCUGGAUGACGUGAAGGCCGGCAAGGCCAAGAUCUCGGCGGGCGCGCUCCUGCCACACGAGAUCGCCGCGGCCGCACUCCGUGGCCAGGAGGACGACGUCUCGGAGCUUCAGUGGCGCCGCAUGGUGGAGGACCUCCGCUCCAAGGGGUUGCUGCGCAACUGCAUCUCCGUCUGCGACGUGUCCGCCAGCAUGGAUGGCAAGCCGAUGGAGGUGUGCAUCGCGCUGGGGGUGCUCACGUCGGAGCUCAGCGAGAGGCCGUGGAAGGGCAAGGUGAUCACGUUCCAUUCAAGGCCCUCGAUCCACCUGAUCAAAGGCAAUACCCUGCGGGAAAAGAUGAAGUUCGUGGAGCGCUUGGAGUGGGGCGGGAGCACCAACUUCCAAGGGGUGUUUGACCAGAUCCUCUGCACGGCCGUGGACGCCGGACUCGCGCCGGAGAAGAUGAUCAGGACCGUGUUCGUGUACAGCGACAUGGAGUUCAACAUGGCGUCAGGCGCCUACUACGGCGGGGAACCGUCGUGGGACAGUGACUACGAGGUGAUCUGCAAGAAGUUCAGGGCCGCCGGCUACGGCGACGUGGUGCCGCAGAUCGUCUUCUGGAACCUGCGCGACUCCAGUUCGAUGCCGGUGACGUCGACCCAGCCCGGGGUGGCCAUGGUGAGCGGCUUCUCCAAGAACAUCCUCAAGAUCUUCCUGCAGAAUGACGGCGUGGUGAACCCCGAGGCCAUCAUGAUGCAGGCCAUCGCCGGCGACGAGUACCAGAAGCUGGCCGUGUUCGACUAG